UCACUGGCGAUCGGGUGGGUGCGGGGGGGUGACUGGGAUCUUAUCAGCGUUUUGCAGAGGGUUGCGUGACUGCCUGACUUUGAUUGCAAAAAGACGACGCUUUUAUCAGCGAAAGCCACUCGUCACUUUUCUUCACCUGACCGGAGCAUCCCUGCCACCAAUGUCCCUUCCAAUGGUCUUCUGCAUGGUGCCAAAACCAGGACAGGGACCGGAGUGGGAAAUAGACAGCCUACGUCCCGUCACGAGGAGCCAGCAGAUCGGAUACCGUUCGGCCGGCAGUGACCUUCAGGAAUCGCCCGUCACGGGGCCUUGGAGGUCGGAGCGAUGCCGUCGGCCACCGCGCAGAUCCUGGCGUUCGUCCUGGCGCUGCUGGGCACGGUCGGCGCCACGGUGGCAACGCUGCUGCCCAACUGGCAGGUGAGCAUCAGGGUGUGGUCCAGCAUGGUGGCCCCCAUGUGGCAAACGCGGGGCCUGUGGAUGGACUGCGUGUGGUACGGGACCGGCGUCUUCAGCUGCACCACCACCAACUCCUCGCUGGUGCCGCCCCCCUACGUGCAGACCACCCGGGCCGCUAUGGUCCUGUCGUGCGCGCUGGCUGUCUUCGGGUUGGGCCUGGCCACUGUCGGGCUGCGGUGCACCCGUUGGGGGGGCGGCCACCGAGCCAAGGGUCGCACGUCUGUCGCGGCGGGGGGUUGCUUUGUCCUGGCCGGUGCCCUGUGCCUGGGUCCCGCUUCCUGGUUCACCUCAGAGGUGCUGGCCACCUUCAUGAGUGCCCAACAACCCGACGGUAGCAAAUACCAGCCCGGGGGGGCACUCUGCGUUACCUUCAUCUCUGCCGGCUUCCUCUUGGUAGGAGGCGUCAUCUUUUGUCUGUCCUGUCCGGGUUCGGCUUUGCCGGACUACCCGACGCCCACGGAGCUCGAUGGGCUCGCCCUGGCCCGGCUGCAGCGGUGCCUCCCGCAGGCGCGACGCGAUGGCCGGGAAAAAACUUUGGUUGGCGUUGAUACCCCCGAGGUGGAGAAGACACAUGCGUCGCCCUCCAGGCGGCCCCCUAAAGAGGUGAAGGAUAAUUACAGGCGGCAGGAAUACGUCUGAGCCCACCGGCUUGAUGUGAAUGACAAAGUGGCCUUUUAAGUCCAAAGUGGUCCCGAUCCGGAAAGCGUGCAUGCUAACUCCGCUCCGUCUUUUCCUGCCGGCACAGAAGGACACAGGCGAGGCAGCGCGGCGUGGAGGACAAUAAUCAUGCUCUUUGCUUUCCAUUAUCUUCACAACACGCCUCGGUGCACACACAGCUGUAUGACGUCACCGAAUGUAAUGAAGGAUCUCUUUUGACCUUCAGUCAGCCUCAAUCAAAUUGUCUCUCGACCAGCAAAAGGAUCUCUUGACAUUUAUAUUUGAAAGGGCCUGUCGCUUUACUUCCUUGUUGAAUGAAAUAAAUUUCUAGCUUGGCG